GACCAAACACACAACACUUAAAUAUAUGCUACUGCUGGACUAGGGUUGGGAUAUCGUCAAGUCCAUAUAUAUUUUUUUCAACUUUGGAUAUUUCUCUGUGUAAAACUGUGAUAGGAUUUCUCUACUGAAUGGUAUUGGAAACUUAUUCUAUUAGUUGAGGAAUCAGUGAGUCAGUGUAGAUAAAUAACAAAUUUAGCAACCAUGGUGUACAAUUAUACAAAGCCCCGUGGCCCCAUUGCUGCCAUGUACAGCAGCCCCGGCCCCUGUUACGGACUUCCAGGUUUGGUGGGACAGAAAACCCAUGAUCCCCGCAGUGUUCACCACAAAGGCUCCGCCUACCCGUUUGGUGUUCGCCACGGAAAAUUCAGGGAUGACUGCAGUCCUGGACCCUGCUAUUACCCCAACCCCAAGGUUUAUAGGGACGGAAACGAUGGCACCCCCCAUUACUCAUUAUACAGCCGCCAAAGGGACGGAACCAUGUUUAAAGUGCCUGGCCCCGGGGCUUACAGCCCUGAGGGUGCUGGACCCACCGCUCACUUCCGCCACCCUGCCUACAGCUUUGGAACUCGUCACAGAAACAGGAGAACUGAUAACACACCUGCUCCUAACAACUACACUCUGACACCAAUGUUGGGAACCACGAAGGAAUCUGGCAAACCCCAGGCCCCAAUCUUCUCCAUGUCUGGCAGACAAAAGCAGGGAGGAUUCCACGAGGAUCUGGCCAAGACCCCUGGACCAGGAACCUAUGACACCUCUGAUCCCAGCAUCUACAAGGAUAAGGCGCCACUGUACAGCAUGACCAGCCGAAACGUCAUGCCCGGAGACACCACCCGCAAACCUGGCCCCGGUGCUCACUCUCCCGAAACUGUCUGGACUCACAAAAAGAAGAUGCCCGAGUUCUCCUUCGGAAUCCGUCACAGCCAAUACUUAGCUCCCCUUAUCGUAGACCAGGCUGAUUGAACUUGUACAUACAUUCUAAUUCAUAAUUUUUAGGAUCAUUUUUUUCUUUUUUUUUUCUUAAGAGAUGUUAUACCGAGUUUUUUAUAUUAAGAUUUGAACACAUUUCCAAAUCAAAAAAGAACUUUUUUUUCAGGUUUCUAGUACAUUUUUAGCACUGGUUUAUAAUAUUCUUUACGAUAAAAAAAAAGUGAUUGGUUUUUUACAUUCCGUCCAUUUACUUUUUUUUAUAUAUAUAUACUUUCAUCAAGUGAUGAAAUUUUUUUUUUGUUUUUUGUAUGCAUGUAUUUACCAAGGCUGUGAUAAAAUGCGUUGAACAACAUGAAAAUAAAAAAGAAUUUAAUUAAUCUAGCUGUUUCCUUUUUUUAAGUUAAAAGUUUUUCAGUUCCAAUACAUUUUGUAUUCGUGAAAAAAAAGCAGUAUUAGGAUGCAUACAGGGACUCACUACAUAAAAGUAUUAUCGCUGGAUAUAUAAGCCUAGCCUACUAGUAGUGUAAAAGAACUCGGACUUUGAGCCUCAGGAGUGAAUCGUGUUGGGUUUAUUAUUUUUUUUCUUGAGCCAUAACUGCAUUAUCAUCGUAUGAUUGUGACUUUAAUAUGUCAGCUGUAUAAUAAUAUUAUAUGUAUGUAAAUUUUUUUUUUUCAUUUGUACAAAGUUUUUUUUUUUCCUCUACGUGAUAUAGUAUUAUUAUUGUCAUUUUUUAAUACAAAACAAACUCGUUUUAUAUUUUUUCUAUAUCUAUACAGUCACUAGUUUGAGUUCUGUGUUGACAAAAACAGUGAAUUAUGUCCCCUAUUUCUCGCGCUCUCUUUUUCUCGAGUUUCUCCAGUAUUUGUGAUCAUAUGGAAUGCACUAAAUCAUAAGUGGUUGUGUUUGUUUAAAAACUUGCGACGUAAACAAAAAAAUAUACAGCUUGUUAAUUAGAUCAGUUUGCCAAAAAAACCUCGAAAUAUUUAUGAAUUUUAGAUUAAAAUAGCCAUAUUUAUUAUUAGUUUUAAUAUAUUUCUAUCAAAACAUUUCAAGAAUUGUCAGGGUGUUUUUUUCGAUGUAUGUGACAUUUUUUUCGAGGAAUUUAUAAAAUUCCUUCAGCAGAAUUUCACAGUGUGUGCGAUAUUGUGUUUGAUUACUGCUGUAAAAUAAUAACAACAACAACAAACUUGACAGUUCUUGAUUGUUGUGGAAUUUUUUUGCUCAAUGUUUCAGUCUUUCUGUGCUAAAGUCAGUAUCAAUAAGUUUUUUUUUUUUUAAAGAGUUAUCUCCCUGUACAUGACAGCAGCAUGUAAAUAUAAAUUGAUCAGUGACACCAUAUUUCUGUAGAAACAACUAACAGAAUAAAAUAUGCAUUGUUGAAAUA